AGUAAAUGAUGCCUAUGAACGGUGUGCUACUCUUAUUCGCCUUACUGUUUAGCUGUUCAACCCAAACUCUGGCAUUAAUUCCUAAACCAACAAACUAUGCAAAAACUACUACGGCUUGUAAUCUACCCUUGGAUACUAAAUUUCAACAUGACUAUCCAUCGUGUUAUAUAUUGACAAGUUGUUUGAGGAGAUUUGAGUCACGGUUAAUAACAAAGCAUAUGCCUAUGCCUGAAGUAAACUCAGACGAUUGCAUUAUAGACAGUAUAAAAAUUGAGAUAAGGAAUGGUUGUGAUGAAAGUGAGUAUGGCGUUUGGCCUAGUGAGUCAAUGGAUGAAUCCUAUAUUGUUAGCAUACUCGAAGGUGAAAUUAAGAUAAACUCGAAUGAAAUAUGGGGUACUAUGCGUGCAUUGGAAACUAUUCUUCAACUGAUAUAUACAAAUAAUUUCGGUGAGAACAUUAUAUUCAACGGCCUCAUAGAAGAUAAUCCCAAAUACUCGUACAGGGGAUUGUUAGUGAACACAGCGAAAUACUUUAUACCUAUAGAUACUUUAAGAAGAACUAUAGAUACUAUGGCAAUGGUAAAGAUGAAUGUUCUACACUGGCAUAUUACAGAUGAUGAGUCAUUCCCCUAUGUUUCAUCUGUAUAUCCUGAACUUUCAGAGAAGGGUGCUUUUCAUCCACAAACCUGUACAUACAAUGAAUUAGAUAUCACAAGUCUGUUAGAAUAUGCUCGUUUACGUGGAGUUCGUGUUAUUCCAGAGCUUGACACACCAGGACAUACACUUUCCUGGGGAAAAGCAUACCCACAUCUGCUCACAGAAUGUUUUGAUAAGUCUGAACCAGAUGGAAAUUUCGGUCCUAUGAAUCCAGCUAGACAAUUCACCUAUGACUUUUUAGAGAAUAUUUACAAGGAAGUCAUUCUCAGAUUUCCCGAUGGUUACAUUCAUCUAGGUGGUAAUGAUAUCUAUCUACACUGUUGGAAGUCGAAUCCAGAAAUAAUUGAAUUCAUGUCAGCAAUGCAAUUCGGUAAUGAUUAUUACAAAUUAGAAGCGUAUUAUAUGGAAAAUCUUGUACAGAUUGUUUUGAAUGCAACAAAUCCUGAACCCACAACUACACCAAUUAUAUAUCAAGAGAUAUUUGAACAUGGAUUUAACGGUGAUAACAAUACAAUAAUUCAUGCAUGGAUCACAGAAAAUUGGAAAUCUGUAGCAAAGAAAGCCACUGAAAAAGGGUAUAGGGUGAUUGUUUCCGGUGCUUGGAAUCUUAAUUCUCUGGUAUACGAAGGUGACUGGGUAUGGUAUUAUAAACAGGAUAUCAGGGAUUUUCAAGGUUCACCUGAACAAAUGGAAUUAGUGAUCGGUGGUGAAGCUGCCGUAUGGAGUAAAUAUGUCGAUGAAACAAAUUUAAUAUCUCUAGCCUGGCCAAGAGGAGCUGCUAUAGCUGAACGUCUUUGGUCAGAAGAUAUUGGAGAUGUACAGGAUUUUCGUCAACGAUUAAGUGAACUUCAGUGUAGAAUGCUUAGAAAUAGAAUUAAAGGUCAUCCAGUAAAUGGACCAGGAUUUUGUCCACCUUAAAACUAACGAACUGGACAAUUCUCUUUUACUUCAUUUGACUAUUAUACUAAUCGUGGUGUUAACUUUCUACAUUCUUUACCAAUGGGAAACAGUGUGAAUAAACUUUUCUUAUAUCCACUCUGCAUAAAUCCAUUUUCUGUGUCUAAUUAAUUGAUGCAUCAUUCUGAUUUAUAUUCAAAUAUUGUGUUUGUAAGUUGUUAACUGAUUUCAUACUAGAUUCUGUUACAAAAUGAAAUCACAGAAAGAUUGAGCGAAGAAAUAUUUA